CUGUUUUUCUCUUUCCAAUUUCAGGGUUUGCUUGAAUUGGAGAAGAAAGGUAUCAGCCUUCUCCUGCGAUUGGGGUUUUCGCCGACCCGGUAGUUGAAGCUGUUCGAUCGGUCCAAGUGUUGGAAUUUCUGGGUUCUCUGUGAAAUUUUGUGAGAUCGAUCUGUUUUAGUGUCGCGAAGAUGGCUCCAGCUCCCGAUCCUAACAACGUUGGCGGUGGUGUGGAGCGGGAUGAAGCUACGUUGAAGGUUCCAUCAAAGGAUCCCAAGAAGAAGGAAGAAAAGAAGGAGGAGGACCUGUCUGAAGAGGACUUGCAACUAAAGCAGAACCUGGAGCUUUAUGUCGAAAGGGUUCAGGAUCCUAAUCCAGAGUUGCAGAAGGCUGCUCUUGAGAGCAUGAGGCAGGAAAUUCGAGCUGCAACAAGCUCCAUGACUUCAGUUCCUAAACCACUUAAGUUUCUUCGCCCCCAUUAUGGAACUCUGAAGGCAUUUCACGAAAAAAUGGCUGAUUCUGAUCUGAAGAAAUACCUCGCAGACAUACUCUCUGUCCUGGCGCUGACCAUGUCUGCUGAUGGUGAAAGGGAAAGCUUGAGAUAUAGGUUGAUGGGAUCAGAGGGUGACAUUGGCUCAUGGGGUCAUGAGUAUGUCAGAAAUUUGGCCGGAGAGAUCGCACAAGAGUAUACGAAGCGUCAGAGCGAUGAAGCCCCUAUUGAUGAUUUAAUGGAGCUUGUGCAGCAAAUUGUUGCUUUCCACAUGAAACAUAAUGCAGAAACUGAAGCUGUUGACCUUUUGAUGGAUGUUGAAGACCUUGAUCUCUUGCUUGAGCAUGUUGACAGCACAAAUUUCAAGAGAACAUGCCUUUAUCUCACUAGUGCUGCAAAAUAUCUCCCAGGCCCAGACGACAUGUUGGUUCUAGAUAUUGCUUACAUGAUCUACAUGAAGUUUGAAGAAUACCCAAACGCCUUGCAGAUUGCAUUGUUUCUAGAUAACAUGCAGUAUGUGAAGCAAGUGUUUACCUCAUGUAGUGAUUUGCUGAGAAAGAAGCAGUUCUGCUACAUGAUUGCCCGGCAUGGUAUCACUUUUGAACUUGAUGAUGAGAUGGUUGCUGAUGAUGAUGACAGAGAAACCCUUCAGGAUAUUGUUAACAACACAAAAUUGAGUGAAGGAUAUCUAACUCUUGCACGGGAUAUUGAGGUCAUGGAGGCCAAAACGCCCGAAGACAUCUAUAAGGCUCAUUUGCUUGAUGGCAGGGCUAGUACCGGGGCGAGUGUGGAUUCUGCCAGACAGAAUUUGGCUGCAACCUUUGUGAAUGCAUUUGUAAAUGCCGGUUUUGGACAAGAUAAAUUAAUGACAGUACCCUCAGAUUCAGGCAGUGGCUCUUCUGGAAACUGGCUCUUCAAAAAUAAAGAGCAUGGCAAGAUCAGUGCUGCUGCUAGUUUGGGUAUGAUUCUGCUGUGGGAUGUGGACUCUGGACUUGCUCAAAUUGAUAAAUAUUUCCAUAGUAAUGACAAUCACGUCAUUGCUGGAGCAUUGCUGGGAGUUGGUGUUGUUAAUUGUGGCAUCAAGAAUGAUUGUGAUCCUGCAUUGGCUCUUCUUAGUGACUACUUGGACAAGGAGGAUCCAUCUAUCCGAAUAGGUGCUAUCAUGGGUCUCGGAAUCGCAUACGCUGGUUCACAGAAUGAACAGUUAAGAGGCAGAUUGUCUUUGAUGCUGAAUGAAGCAAAAGCUACUCUCGAUGUUAUUUGUUUUGCUGCACUUUCUUUGGGUAUGAUAUUUGUUGGUUCCUGCAAUGAAGAAGUUGCACAGUCUAUUAUCUUUGCUUUGAUGGAUCGGAGUGAGGCAGAAUUGGGUGAAGCCGUUACUCGUUUCUUGCCUCUUGGGCUUGGACUUUUGUACCUUGGCAAACAGGAAAGUGUGGAGGCUACAGCAGAAGUUUCAAAGACAUUCAACGAGAAGAUUAGAAAAUACUGUGAUUUGACGCUUCUGUCUUGUGCAUAUGCUGGGACGGGGAACGUCCUUAAGGUUCAAGACCUUCUGGGGCAGUGUGGAGAGCAUCUUGAGAAAGGCGAAAUUCACCAGGGUCCAGCUGUACUUGGACUUGCCAUGGUUGCUAUGUCUGAAGAAUUAGGUCUUGAAAUGGAGAUUCGCUCUUUGGAGCGGGUGCUGCAGUAUGGAGAACCGAACAUUCGCCGGGCUGUGCCUUUGGCUCUUGGUCUCCUGUGUAUAUCAAACCCGAAAGUGACUGUGAUGGACACAUUGAGUCGGCUUAGCCAUGACACGGAUUCUGAAGUUGCCAUGGCUGCAAUCAUUUCCCUGGGACUGAUUGGUGCUGGAACUAACAAUGCACGGAUAGCUGGCAUGCUUCGGAACCUUUCCAGCUAUUAUUACAAGGAUGCCAGCCUCCUCUUCUGUGUGCGUAUCGCUCAAGGCCUGGUGCAUUUGGGGAAGGGUUUGUUGACUCUGAGCCCGUUCCACUCUGAGCGUUUAUUGCUAUCACCAACCGCACUUGCUGGUAUUGUAACAUUCUUGCACGCGUGCUUGGACAUGAAAUCCAUCAUACUCGGGAAAUACCAUUAUGUGCUGUACUUCCUUGUACUGGCAAUGCAGCCGAGGAUGAUGAUGACAGUGGACAAGGAUCUGAAGCCCAUCUCAGUUCCGGUGCGUGUGGGACAAGCCGUGGAUGUGGUGGGACAGGCGGGGCGACCCAAGACCAUUACCGGAUUCCAGACACACUCGACUCCUGUCCUCCUGGCCGCUGGCGAGAGAGCUGAACUGGCGACUGAGAAGUACAUUCCACUGUCGCCCAUACUGGAAGGGUUCAUAAUUUUGAAUGAGAACCCUGACUACAGAGAGGAGUGAAGACUGAAAGAACAGCAAGUAGCUGAUGGGAGUGAGCCCUCUUCCCCUGUUGUCUCCGAUGUUUUCCUAGUUAAAGAAAGGGGGUGAAUGUGGUGAGGGUGCUGGAGCUUUUGUUGUUAUGUUUGUUUGUUUUAGGAGAAGAAUUUUUUUACAUGACUUGAAUUAUUAUCGUUAUGGUUAUUUGGGAAUAUUCUUAAAUGGGUAUUUCGAGAACAAAGGCAAUACUUACACCCACCCAAGGAUUGAAGCUCCUUCCACACUCACAGUCGCAGACAGGCACCGAGUGUCUGAAGUCGUUUUGAUGGUUUUGAGUGAAGUGACUUUCCUCUGAAUAAAACAUGGCAGUGAACUGUCCCCCCUCAAGAUGGGUGCAAUAAAUACAGUCAUCUACCUAUGAGAGACUUAAAUUCUCCAUUUCCAUCGAAGCCAAAACAAUGGAUAAAUGCAUCUUGACGUCUUCUUCUUUUUUUUUUUAAUACAAUAAAUAAAUGCAUUUUGACA